UGCUCGGCUCUAUGCGGGGCGGCCAUGGAGAAGUUGUACCUGGCGGGGAGCGGCCUGUGGGCCAACGGCACGCUGGGGAACGGCAGCCUGCAGCCCGAGGACAGGACGACCGUCAGGAACGGCACCGCGGACCCCCUGAAGAGGAACGAGGACAUGGCCAAGGUGGAGGUGACCGUGCUCUGCCUCAUCCUCUUCUUCGCCCUGAGCGGCAACCUGUGCGUGCUCCUGGCCAUCCACACCACCCGGCAGAAGCACUCCCGCAUGUACUUCUUCAUGAAGCACCUGAGCAUCGCCGACCUGGUGGUGGCCGUCUUCCAGGUCCUGCCCCAGCUCAUAUGGGACAUCACCUUCAGGUUCUACGGCCCCGACUUCCUUUGCCGGCUGAUCAAGUACUUGCAGGUGGUGGGAAUGUUCGCCUCCACCUACAUGCUCCUGUUGAUGUCCCUGGACCGCUGCUUGGCCAUCUGUCAGCCACUGCGGUCCCUGCAUAGGCGGGCGGACCGGGUCUCCGUCCUGCUCACCUGGCUGCUGUGCCUGCUGGUCAGCAUCCCCCAGAUCCACAUCUUUUCCCUGCGGGAUGUGGGGAACGGAGUGUACGACUGCUGGGCGGAUUUCAUCCAGCCCUGGGGACCCAAAGCCUAUGUCACCUGGAUAACCCUCAUGGUCUACAUCAUCCCAGUGUUGAUGCUGAGCGUCUGCUACGGCUUAAUCAGCUUCAAAAUCUGGCAGAACGUGAAGCUGAAGACGGCCCACGGGCCCCCCGGGGGGCUGAGCUCCACCGCCCGCGGCGGAGCGGCGUUUGCCAGGGUCAGCAGCACGCGGCUCAUUUCCAAAGCCAAGAUCCGGACGGUCAAAAUGACUUUCAUCAUCGUGCUGGCGUUUAUCGUGUGCUGGACGCCCUUCUUCUUCGUGCAGAUGUGGUCGGUGUGGGACACCAACGCUCCGCAGGAAGGUACGUCCUCCCCCCGCGGCUGUGUGCGUGCAGGGACUGCGGCGCUCUGGGCCGGGGGCUGCGAGAGACAGCAACGUCUCGAGGGCUCGGGGGCCUGGAGGGGGCGAGGAGAGAUUCUGAGCGUGGAACAGCACCGGGAGAGGCGGCAGCGGCUGCCCCUGAGCUCCCCUCACUGGAGCCGCGCGUCUCCCGUGCCGAAUCCUUUUUUUUUUCCUGCGGUAUUGCUCUGUCACCGCUGACUUCUUUGCUUCCAACUCUUCUGCCCUCCCGUCCCUCCCCUCUGUUUCCACCUGCCCGGGUACCGUGCUGCUUCUGUAUGGCUCUGGAUGGAGCACAGGUCUUCCAAAAGCCCUCUGAUUUAAGUGCAAGGUUUUGCCUCCUGGGUGCGGUGUCACUGCUUUGCUAUGUUUUACGCUCGGUGCUGGCUGCGGCUGCCAUCCCCGGGGCUGCAAGCAGUGAGACUCACCGCCCGGCUCAGGUCCGCGUGCUGUGCGAGCCGCUGCUGCCCCUGCACGGGAGCGUCCCCGCAUCUGGGAAAAGCCGCGUGCCGAAAAGCUCUGCACAACUUUGUGAGCUGCGAGGAAGGACAGCAAAGUGCGCUCAGGGGCAGCGCUUUGGGCACCAGCAGCACUGCGCAGUGUGGGGCUGCCGGAGGCCAACACCGGGCUGCGGCUUUGUGCUCUGCGCCUGUGUCCUGUCCGCCCGCCGCCAGUAACGGGCUGUUGGUGGCACCGCGAUGUUCCCGCAGCCCUGCGUGUGCCCUCCCAGCCGCCGGAGCAGCUCUCCUGCCCUGCUCCAGCCGCCCUCGCUGUGUCUUUCUUGCUUCUCUCUGCUCACUUAUUGCAGGAGUGGAAGUUCAGCACAGCUUUUUAAGCCCUCCCGGAUGCCCCCGACAGCUCUCUCUUGGUUUUCUAUCUGAUGAAGUCUAGUCCGAAUGUCUGAUUUUCAGACGCUGACGAUGCCGUGUCUUUCACUGUACGUCCAACCCGCAGCCCCGAGGGCUUCUCCUGACCUAUCAGCGUGCAAACACGCCGGUGCUUUGUCCGCAAGGCUGCACGGAGCAUCGGGCUCCCAGCUGCAGCUGCUCACAGACCGCGGCCGUGUUUGCCUCUGCUGGCCCCUGAAAAGAGCAGGGAGUCCCUCCGUGUGACAUCCUCAUCUCUGCCAUGUAAUGUCCCCAGCCCUUGCCCUGGCAGGCUGAGCAGGCUCUCGGGGUGCUCCUGGGGGCCUCUAGUGCAAUUUAUCAGCACCAGAGGCAGAAGAGCUGAGUCAGCGAAAGAUGGAUUUAUAUCUUUUUUUCUAAAGUGGAUUGAAAUGCUGUGAUGUGCCUCAGGUCUCUCACCACGGAUUUUCAGCAGUUUCCCUUUAUUUUAUUGAUUAAGAGCAGCCGGAGCAGUUGUCACUAGACAGGAAUUGUGGGUGAGCGGGUUAAAGGCGAAUUUGGAAACUAGACCCACAGUUUGUCCUUUUCUUCUGGUUUCAGAGGUGUGAGUGCGUUUUGGCUGAGGCGGAGAGGGAACGGGCACAGCCAGACCCAAGCGCACAUCCUCGCUGCCGGUGCUUUCCCGCAGGGCACAGG